AUGAACAUGCCAUGCCGAUCAAAAAUAUGGUUUCAAUAGAACAACAAAGGCCGAUGGAAUAUGGGAAUUGCAUAAUUUCAUAUUUUAUAAAUGGGAUAUUAACACGAGAGCAAUACUGGAACUUUAAUGUAGAUAAAACACGUUAACAUUGCACAUAAAUGUUUCUCCUACCAACUUAAAAAAAAGUUUCUAGAAGUUCCUCUAACAGCCGAUCCCUUUUAAGUGAAGUGGACAGAGAGCUUUCCCACGCUUUCCCCGACCCGCGCGUUUGACGCAGGGAAGGGGGACGUCGUCGUGUUGCGCCAAUGAGAAAGGCGUCUCCUUCAAACCCGGAGCGUCGCGCUGUCAAUCAGGGCUGCUUGCGGGCUGUGGGACAGAGUGCGCUCAGCGAGACAUUGCAACAUUGAUAUAGCUUAUACCGUGGGAAAGCGCAUCACACUGCGCUCUGGCUGCCUGGGUGGCUGGAGCUAAACCGCCAGCUUCUAAAAAGCAGACCGGAAAAUUGUGUUUCUCCCCCCCCCCUCUCUCUCUCUCCAGUGAUAAUGAAACGUCCUUGUGAAGAAAGUUCUUCAGAUAGUGAUAUUGAUGAAACCAUAGACGUGGGGAGCGAAAAUAUCUGCGCAGGGCAGGACAAUAAUGUACUCAUGAGAGCCGGGUCUCCGUCUACAACUUCCCAAAUAAUGGCCAGGAAGAAAAGGAGAGGGAUCAUCGAGAAGAGACGUCGAGAUCGUAUUAACAAUAGUUUGUCGGAACUUCGUCGACUGGUCCCCACUGCUUUUGAGAAACAGGGAUCAGCAAAGCUCGAGAAAGCGGAAAUACUUCAGAUGACGGUGGAUCAUCUAAAGAUGCUGCGGGCAACCGGAGGUAAAGGGUUUUUUGACGCCCACGCUCUCGCCAUGGACUUUAUGAGCAUCGGUUUCCGGGAGUGCUUGGCCGAGGUGGCCCGUUACCUGAGCUCGGUCGAAGGUCUCGACACGUCGGACCCGCUGCGACUCCGCCUUGUCUCUCACCUCAGUACCUACGCCUCUCAACGGGAAGCGGCAGUGAUGAGCUCGUCGGUGGCUCAUCAUCACCAUCACCACCAGCAGCAGCAACAGCGGCACCAGCAUCACCUCCAGCAGCACCAACAACACUGGGCCGCCGCCUUCCACCAACUGCCCUCUGCUCUGUUGCAGCACCACGGCCUCGUCAGCGACAGGCUGCUGGCCACCGCCACCUCCGAACUGCACCCAGGGCCUUGGCUUGUAACCCACUGCAAGAGGCAUCAAUAUUGUUACGAGCAAAUCGACAGCAAUUUUACACGCGAGCUUUCUGCGUUCAAGUAUCCCAAUGUCGACUAUUAUGUGUACGCAAACCAUUCCGCUGUAUCUCCAUGAGGUGGUUUGCUCCAAUGGACCCUCACGACAGCUUAACCACCAGAGAGAAAAGAAACGCCUUCCUCUGCCAUCAACAUCUAGUAAGAAUAAUGGAAUUAAUCAAACCUGACGGAUUUUGGAUGGUUCUCGGUCGUAGCGCGGUUUCUUUCGUUUGCAAAAUGUCUCGCAUACUUCGCAGGAUAUCUUUAUGGAUGCGUAGCAGUUUUAUUUUCCGUUUGAGACUUCAUCCUGCAACCACAAUGUCGAUCCUUAGAAGAAUAACCAAGACGGAACAAUGGAUUAAUUAAUUUCAGUCAAGCCCAUAGAUAGUGUUUAAGAAGGAACUGCAGAUGCUGGAAAAUCGAAGGUACACAAAAAUGCUGGAGAAACUCAGCGGGUGCAGCAGCAUCUAUGGAGCGAAGGAAAUAUGCAACGUUUCGGGCCGAACCCCUUCUUCAGACUGAUCAGCCCGUAGAUAGUUUUCGGUUUUAUUUUCGCCUGGAGAUUUUUCCCAGUGGGAUUAUAGAGCACCUACCGGAAAUGAACAGGAUUUUAGGAUUUGGAGUGGUGUGUUCUCCACAGCACCUGCAGUAGUAUCAAAAGCAAUAAUAUGACAGCAUUCUCACGCCGCUGUGCCUCAAUCUGAAACUGCUGAACAGAGGUGAAGAUGGCGACAGCAGCAGUAAAUGACAGCGUCCCUAAUUGGACACCAGUUUCUUUAUGAGAAGUACAUUUAUAUGCCAACAUCACCAACUGGGAUAUUAUACGAACUGUGUUUUCUUACGGCAGUGGAAAUGGCUUGGUGGCACAAGGUCUGAGCCGAGUUGGACACUUGUGGAAAUACAAAGGAUUGACUCGUUCAGUUCAUGUCAAAAGUUUAAAACCAAGGGGCAAAACAACAUUUACAGUAGCCUAUGUUAAGUUCUUUAAUCAUUCAUCCAUAGAGCAUAUUUCACUUACCCUGAUCCAAAAUAUGGUUGCCCGGAUUAAAAAUGUAUAGCCUUUAUUAGUUAAAUAUUAACUAAUUUUAAAUUAAAAAAAUGACCAAUUCCCAUAUUUUCAGUGGAAACAACAAUUGGAGAUUUGCAUGGAAACCUUUCCAGAAAAUAAACACAUAGCCCUAUCUAUACAUGAGUUUACAAACUGUGCCAACCUUGUUUAUUCUAAACCCGAGUCCAAACAUAUACCUGCAUUUGACAGUACUGUACAUUUUGAGGUCCUCUGAUUAUCCAGUGAGCUUCAUGGUGUACAGUGAAUAGGUGGGCAAGGGGCGUCAGUAUCUGAGACUAUUGUGAUUAAUUUUGUACUCACCUGUUUCAACCAUUCUCUCAGAAUACACAACAUGGGGGAUUAUCAUAAUUGUUACAAUGCAGAGGUUUUAAGCUUAAAGUAGUAGAAUGGAGAAUAUUUCCUUGCAUUUCCUUGUACUUCGUUUUGUUCAUAGUACAGUUUUAGCAUCAUUAUCUCAUGUGAAUGAAACACUUUUUCAUUCUUUCUGUUGCCACUUAAACUAAAUUACACUAAUACAAAUAUACAUUGAAGUGGAUAGAAAUUAGCUUAUUCAGCAUGAAAAAUGUCACUAAAGCAGCAUAUGAAUACCAUUGAAAGGGCAUUUUAUUCAUGGCUGUUGACAUACUAAAGUAGAAUUUUACAAAUAAAUUUACUUUUGUUGCAUUUUACUCAUCCUCCAUUUUUCAAUGCUUAGAAUACUUUUAUUACAGCUAGAUUAAAGAAAUAGAACUUCUCUAUUGCCACAGGCUAAUACUUUGCAGGAUGCUUUCUGCUUAAUUAUCUUCAAAAUGAAAAGUGAAAGUUAUUAUUAUAAUGUUAAUAUAAUAGAUAUUACAUUCAAUCAGUAAACUGUUCCACACAAUAAUAAAUAAGUGAAUUAGCUGCACUUCUUUUUCAAAACAACUUAGCAUCAGAUUAAUAUGUUAUCUAUGCAAAAACAAACAGGGAUGAUUAGAUAAUUGGUUCCGUUAAAGGUAAUUUGGAACUCCUAGACCAAAGUUCAUGCCAUGCAGCAAAUAAUAUUGGUACCUAGGGACUUAAUUGCCCACAGUUGAUACAUGUGGAUGGUCAUUGUAUUUUGGAAAUAUUUUUAAAUAUAUUCAUUCAUUUCAAUGUAUAUAUGGAAGACACUAUUUCAUGAGAAAAGCCUUGCAGAAAAAGCUUCCUACAUAUGAAAGAGCAAUUAUAUCAUCAAUAAAUUGUGCUCAUUGGUCCCUUUACCCAGUCACAUUUCCACUCAGUAAUCUGCUGCUAUAAUGGCAUUAGGUUAAGCAAAUUACUUUUAAUUUGAGCCUGUCCAAAAUCUAUUUUUUUCCUUUAAGGAAAAUGUAAAAUAUGGCAAAAGGAUGCUUGUAUGCAAGGUCAGAGAUUAGGAUGUGUACAAAUAUAAUACUGUAGAUAAUGUGUUGCACUUGAAUUCUCUGCUGUGUGGAGAAGACAGUGAUAAAAAAUAAGUUUACUGUAUGCAGGUGAUGAUACAAUACAAAUGACACUUUUUGCUUAUUUACCUGCAUUCUAUAACCUGUUAUACAUUAAAUGUUUAUAAAUAUA